GGUUACAACCUGCUCUUCAUUUGAAAAGAGCUUUUAGUUGUAAAAUAAGUUGGUAAACUUACAAAAUCUGAAGGGGGUUAAAUACUUGUUUCCUCCACUGUAAAUGUAUAGCCUCAAUGUCCUGAGAUAGCUGAUUGAUUUAAUAGUUGGAUGUACAAUGUGUCUCAAUGGAGAAGAAGAAACCUCAGAUUCCUUAGAGUCCAUCGAGGUGAGUUCCUCCGAGGAGACGUCCCCCGCUGUGUCCCCUUCCCAGGAUCCCCCCCCACAGGACCCCAUCACAGAGACACCCCUUCCUAACGUGAUCCAGGAGACUGAACCUCCUUCCUCACUCCCUUCCUCACCUCCUCCCCUCCUCAUCUCCUUCCCUCCUCUCCUCUCAGAGGACCCUCAGACCUCCACAGACCCCCUCCCUCUCCUCCCUGAAGACCCAGCAAACAUAGCUCUGUUUGUGGACGUUUCUCCGAGCGCUGACCUCCUGACCGUCCUUCCACAUGUGGACGCCUCUGCCUCCCCCUCCCCAAUUCCAGAUUUUCCUCACUUUUUCUCCACGGCAGCCCCCACCCUAAAGAUCCCUCUAAGCACCGCCCUCACCGGGGUCCCUGUUUGUGUCACGUUCCAGUUCUACACCCCCGAACCAGAACCAGAACCCAGAGGAGACAGCAAGUGAUCCAAAGAGACCAAGUGAAGUGUUUUGGCCGUGCUGCUUUCUGACAGAGGGUCUGUGAGGGUCUGAACGAAUCUCUGAUUUUCAGGGUUCGAGUUAUAAUCUGAGCUUUAUGGGGGUCUCUAAAACUAAGGUUAGGGGUGGAGAUAAAUAUAUCAAUAACAGCCAGGUAAUAACAUAAAUAACGGGUGAGAGAGAGAGAGACUUGACGCGUAGUUCUUUUGGAAAACAUGUUUUUCUUUCAGCCUAUUUACCUCGUUAACGUAUUUAAUACUCAUUACAUUGAAAAGUGCAUUAUUUGUGGUUAAAAUAAUGGUUGUUGGUAAUGUGUUAGCGACCCCCACAGAUGUAUGAUUUCACUGCUUUCAUAGGAGCUCAGACCCCUCCUCAUGAGAGCUCAGCUCCCAUUGGCUCCCACAUAACUCGAACCCUGCUGAUUUUAAACAAAACACAUCUUUACAGUCUGGUUAUUAUGUACUUUAUAACUCUUUGUUUAUUAUCGGCUUUAUUUUCUAUUUCACUGUAUUAUUAAAACACUUUUUUUAAUCUA